AUGCAAUCCUUGGAUCAUUUGGUUAAAUCAGGUAAAGUACUUUAUUUGGGAACAAGUGAUACACCUGCAUGGGUUGUUGCAAAAGCAAAUCAAUAUGCAAGAGAUCAUGGUUUACGGCAAUUUUCAGUGUAUCAAGGCUUGUACAAUGCUGCUACACGAGAUUGUGAAAGAGACAUUCUCCCAAUGAUUCGAGAUGAGGGAAUGUCUUUUGCACCAUGGGGAGCUUUAGGUGGAGGAAAAUUCAAAACAACAGAACAAAUAGCAGCAAUGGAAAAAGAAGGUGAUAAAGGACGAUCAUUUUCGGGUCUUCUACAAGGUCCAAGCAAAGAUGAUCAAGCAGUAACUGCUGUUUUGGAGAAAAUUGGUAAAUCGAAAAAUGUUUCACUUUCACAAAUUGCUUUAUCUUAUGUAAUGGCAAAACAACCAUAUAUUUUUCCUAUUAUUGGUAUUAGAAAAUUGGAACAUUUGCAGGACUCUAUAAAUGCAUUAAAUGUUCGAUUAACCAAAGAAGAAAUUAAAGAAAUUGAAGAUGCAUACAAUUUUCAAGCUGGUUUCCCACAUAAUUUUAUAGGUAUGAAUCCAAGUCAAAGUUGGGGUUUACCUUUAGUAGGUCAUUACGAUUGGGUGGAACAAGAAAAGAGCAUCAAUGCCAAUUGA